CAGGUCUCGGGCCCUCAGGCGGAGCGGCGGGCGCCGGACCCCCAGGUGGAGCGACAGGUCUCGGGCCCUCAGGCGGAGCGGCGGCGCCGGACCCCCAGGCGGAGCGACAGGUCUCGGGCCCUCAGGCGGAGCGGCGGGCGCCGGACCCCCAGGUGGAGCGACAGGUCUCGGGCCCCCAGGCGAAGCGGCGGGGGCACCGAGUCACCAGGCACGACAGUGGGCUCCGAGUCAACUGGCAUGACCGCUGGCACUGGGUCAGACAUUGGAUCGUCUGGCUGGACAGCGGGCAUCGGGUCACCAGGCAUCAGGUCAUUUGGCUCGACAGCGGGCACCGCGUCAUCUGGCAAGGCAGUGGGCUCCGAGUCAACUGGCAUGACUGCGGGCACUGGGGCAGACAUUGGAUCGUCUGACUGGACAGCGGGCAUCGGGUCACCAGGCAUCAAGUCAUUUGGCUCG